AUGAAGCUCUUAUGCGCCCUCUUCGCCUUCCUCUUUCUCGCUGCUCAAUGCGGUGUAGCCACCGCCGUCCAGUUCGCCAGCAACGAUACCACCUCAGAUAUCCUCAAAGCCGCCAACAUCAUCAAUUCUGGGUUCUUUCAGAUAGCCGAAUUCAUGCAUCAGCACGCCGAGUUUCUCGAGCUUGUCGCACAAAUCUGCGAUAAGUUCAGCGAGAAGGAGUACACGGGAUCAUUGGAGGGUAGUAAAGAGCUUAUGAGCCAACUACAUGAAGUCACCAAGGUCUUCGAAGCCCAGAAAAAAGGUAUCGCACUGCUCACAGUUGCUCUCAAGCUCGCCAGUGAAGGUUUUCCGGUUCUGACCGAGGAAGUUGAUGAGGCGGCGCGCAAGCUCCAAGAGAUGAACAAGCUUCCAAAGGAGCUCUGA